AAGAGAGCUGCGACUAUAAAAUGCCUUCCACGUUACGGGCUCAUUCAGUAUUUUCGCUAUGGCCAUUGUAAUCGUAUUGCUGGUCGGUGUUGUAACACUCGCCGUAUGGUGGGUACAUCAGAACUUUUCAUACUGGAAACGUCGCGGCAUUCCCCAUGACGCACCCCGUAUUCCUUCCGGCAAUACUGCCGAGCUCAUGAAGACACGGCAAAUGUCGGAUCUCUUCGGGGAGACCUACUUCAAGUACAAGAACAAGACCGAUGGACCGUUUGUUGGAUUUUACCUAUAUUUCAAGAAAAUUGCAAUUGUGACUGACAUCGAUUUCGUGAAAACCGUGCUGAUCCGCGAGUUUGACAAGUUUCACGACCGCGGCAUAUUCCAUAAUGAACAGGAUGAUCCCCUGACCAACCACCUGGUGGCAAUCGAGGGGCAAAAGUGGCGACAGCUCCGCCAAAAGAUGACACCCACAUUCACCUCGGGCAAGAUGAAGAAUAUGUUCCCCUCAGUGCUGGAAGUUGGCGAUGAGCUGGUGCGGGUGUUCGCCGAGAAAGCCCAAGGAGGUCCACAGCUGCUGAAUGUCGCCGAUUUCGUGUCCCGCUUCACCGCCGAUGUGAUUGGAAGCUGUGCCUUCGGCCUGGAGUGCAACAGUUUGCGGAAUCCCGAUGCUGAAUUUGUCACCAUGGGCUCGGCUGCCAUCAAGGAGCGGCGCUAUGGCAAAACUGUCGACUUGUUCAUCUUCGGGGCACCCAAGCUGGCGGCCAAGUUGCGCAUGAAGGCCACUGUGCAGAAGGUCGAGGAUUUCUAUAUGAAAAUCAUUGGUGAAACUGUCGACUAUCGUAUAAAGAAUAAUGUCAAGCGAAACGAUUUCAUGGACAUGCUGAUCGACAUGAAGAAGCAAUACGAUGGGGGCAACAAGCAGGAUGGCAUCACAUUCAACGAGCUGGCUGCACAGGCCUUUAUCUUCUUCUUGGCUGGCUUUGAAACCUCUUCGACUGCGAUGGGCUUUGCCCUCCACGAACUGGCCGUGCAUCAGGACAUUCAGGAUAAGCUGAGGAAGGAGAUUGACGCUGUGAUGGCGAAACACAAUGGAAAAUUGAGCUAUGACAGCAUGCGCGAGCUCACAUAUCUGGAUAAGGUCAUCGAUGAAACACUACGAAAGAAUCCAGUUGUGGCCCAUUUGAUUCGCAUCUGCACACAGCGGUACGAGCAUUCCAAUGCAAAGUAUUUCAUUGAGCCCGGCACUGGCGUUGUCAUCCCCACCUGGGGCAUCCAUCAUGAUCCUGAGUUCUACCCGGAGCCAGAGAAGUUCAUACCCGAGCGUUUCGAUGAGGAUCAAGUGCAGCAGCGACCGCCCUGCACUUUCCUGCCCUUCGGAGAUGGUCCGCGAAACUGCAUUGGCCUGCGCUUUGGCCGCAUGCAGAUCGUGGUCGGACUGGCCCUGCUCAUACACAAUUUCAAGUUUGAGGUCCACCCCACAAAGACUACGGUGCCGCUCAAGUUCAGGGUCGACGAUAUUCUGUUGAGUGCCGAGGGGGGAGUCCAUCUGAAUGUGAGCAAGAUUACACCAUGACAUGUAAAAAUGUAGAUUUGGUCUCAAUAUUUACUUAAGCUUCAAUGAAAUAAAUGGCGCAUUGGCAGACGGUACAUAAAAAA